AAAGAGAGGCAGAGAUUCUGGUGGUGAUCGGAAGAAGGAAAGAUGGGUGCAAGAACACAGGAUGAAAAGAGAGGAAGUGGUGGAACACAGGUUGAAGAAGGAGAACAAAGAGAGGAAGCGGAAGCACAAUAUGUAGAAACAAAAACAUUAGUAUGGUGGGAUAUCGAGAACUGUCCUGUUCCGUUUCUUCAUUCUCGUCAAGGGUUAUCUUCUUCCUCAUCUUCUUCGCAUUCAACAGCACAGAACAUAGCUUCAGCACUAAAGAAAAUGAAUUACAGAGGACCCAUUUCUAUAUCUGCUUAUGGUGAUACAAACCGUAUUCCUACUUCUGUUCAACAUGCUCUUUCUAGUACCGGCAUAACUCUCAACCAUGUCCCUUCUGGUGUAAAAGAUGCUAGUGAUAAGAAGAUUCUGGUUGACAUGUUAUUUUGGGCAGUAGGCAAUCCUGCUCCAGCUAAUUAUUUGUUGAUUUCUGGCGACCGAGACUUCUCCAAUGCUCUUCAUCAAUUACGUAUGAGAAGAUACAAUAUACUUUUAGCGCAACCACCAAGUGCAUGUGCUCCACUUGUUGCUGCAGCUAAAAGUGUGUGGAUUUGGAGUGUUCUUCUUGCAGGAGGAUCACCAUUGCCUAAUAAGGGCCGAGAUACAUUGCUACUACAUCCUGUUUCUGGUAGUGUCUCCUUGGGGAACCAAAAGAUAUCUAGUAAUGCAAGGACUUUUGGUAAUAGUCAUAAAGUGGUUAAACAGGUGUGGAAAGUAUCACAAUUCAACAGUAUAUCAAGGACCUCAGGUGAUCCAGUUCAUGAGGAUGCUCAUCAGAGCAAUGAAAGCUUUGAAGAAGAGCAGCUUAAGGUAGCUCCACAUCAAUUCUUUGGUGCUAAAAAGUCCAAAGCUACGUCUUCCACCAAUUCUACACACAGUAGUGAUGGUACCAUCCCCAAGAAUCUUGAUCCUUCACUGAGCACAUGGAACAGGUUAUCCAGUAAUUAUGAACUCCAUUAUCCCCAUCAUGCAAGGUCGAAAAGUCUUCCUACAGAAGCUAAUUCUGAUCCGGUUAAUGUUUAUUCACAGAGUACUGGAUACCCUUUUGGUUUUCAGUCUCCACAUCAUUUACAACCAGAAAACAGGGUAUCAAAGUCAAACUUCAAUACAGAGGGAUAUCCUGUUGCUCCAGAAUUAGCAUCCUCUGGAAUGUGUACUAACGACUAUCCUAUUGAUUUUUGGGAUUGCCAAGGAUGCCCGCAACCUCCUGACUAUAUGGAAGGCCUUAUCUGCGUCAUUCUACUUGCAUUAGGCGGCCUAAAAGAGAAUAAGAUGGCACCAACUGAAGCAAACAUAGCUGAUUGGAUUCUCUAUGGAGAUCCUACGCACCACAAUAUUGAUGUUAAGGAAGUGCUGGACAUUUCCAUUGAGCGAGGGAGAGUAAACAAGCGGCAAGUUGGUGCACUUCAGGUUUACAUAGGGAAGACUCAGGGAGAGCUUUGGAGGUGUGUUAACCCUAUCGGUGGAAAUCUUAGGCAGCAUCCAAAGGAAGUGUGGGAUGAAGUCAAGAAGUUUCUAUUAUCACCGAAUGGAAGAUCUGACGUUAUUGCUUCCAAGUGCAGGUUUGAAGCAGCUACUAUUCUAAGGGAUGCUUGCUUACAGAACUAUGUCUUGGGUGAUGUACUCUUAAUUUUAGACACGGUAAUCACCAUAAAAAGGUGGAUCAAGCCUCACUUUUCCGGAUGGCAGCCAGUAAAAGUUAGUCCAUUUAUAGAGUAAUGCAGAGGAGGAAGUAAGAAAGAACUUAUGCUUGAUUUUCUUAAAGCAUCUUUUUGGCAGACAGUAGGAGUAAGAGUUGUGAAUAUCGUUCCCUUGGCAAGAAGAGUAAGUGUUUGCUUGUUGGAUUUUUUGAGAAGAGCAGAACUAUGCACUUUCUGGACAUAUGAGUAGUAUAGCUAUAGCAGCUUAGUUUAGAUGUUAGACCAAGUUAUUUUGGCAUAACAUUCUAGUCUUUUGUCAGUUGCGUGCCCUUUGUGGAAGAGUAGGCAUCGUAGAGCAGGGCCGUUCCAGUGUGGGGUUAUCUUAAGCAACGUAUAGCUGCUCCUGAUUUUAUGAUUAGGAACAGAUAAACCCAAGUGGGAGGUGAUAUUCUGUUGAUACUAGAACCUGGAGUCACAC